AUGCGUCCUUACCAGAAGAUCAAUCACUUUGUUGGAACGAAUGCAAUUUCAAGGAAGAACUACCUCGCCCGAAAUCUUCUGCGGAUGAAGGCCUACUAUCCAAAGGAGUACAAGUUCUUUCCCCACACCUGGUCUCUGCCGGCAGACCUGGCUGACUUUCGAUGCCAGUUUACUGGGAGGCGACGGAAGACUUUCAUUAUCAAACCAGAUGCAAGCAGCCAAGGUCGGGGAAUUUUCCUGACUCGGAAUAUCGAGGAUAUUGAUCCAACCGAGCAUCUUGUCGCCCAAAGGUAUCUACAUAAGCCGUUUCUCAUUGACGGACUCAAGUUCGACCUCCGCAUUUACGUCUUGCUAGCAGGGUGUAAUCCUCUCCGUCUCUUUGUUCACCAGGAUGGAUUGGUGCGAUUCGCCACGAGCCCAUAUGCGAAACCGACAGGGAAGAACUUGCAUGAUAAGACGAUGCAUUUGACCAAUUAUGCGAUUAAUAAGUCAUCGUCAAAUUUCACGCCUAACAGGGAUCCAGCUAAUCCAUCGAAAGGCCACAAAAGAAGUCUCUUCCACGUGUUGGAUCACCUGAAGAGCGAGGGCCAUGAUGUGGAUGCUCUCUGCAAGGAGAUUGACGAGUGUCUCUGCAAAACCAUCAUUGCGAUUCAGCCUUCCCUUGCACACAUUUACGGUUCGUGUAAGGGAGAGGAUCUCAGCAAUUCGAUGUGCUUCGAGGUUCUCGGAAUUGACAUCAUGAUCGAUCACAAGCUUACGCCCUGGCUAAUAGAGGUCAACCAUUCUCCCUCUUUUAGUACUGACAGUGAUCUGGACACAAUCGUUAAGUUCAAGGUCAUCCGCGAUGCGCUUGUUUUACUUGGACUCUCCUCAGAGAACCGACGGAAAUACCAGGCGCAGCAGCGGCUCCAAGCGGAGCAACGCCGGAUGGCUUUUCCGAAACAGACGCGAGAGGAGCGACUGCAAGACCGCCGACAGAUGAUGCACGAGCUGGCAAAAAAUAGAACAGCAUGGGAAGAUGCACACAUGGGAGGCUGGAGACGAAUCUAUCCAACUGAGGAACGAGCUACAAACGUCGCGUUCUCAAAGCAACCUGCAGAAGGCAGGCGCGCGAACGAAGCAACCGAAGUCUAUCUGUCGUCGUAG